GUCCCGACGUGCGGCCAGCCGGCAGCAGGCGGGGUCCCUCGCCCGCCCGCCCGCGCUGACGUCAGGAAACUUUCUGGGCGGCUGAGGCGUGAGCCGGGCGCCGAGGCAGCGGGCCGCCUCCAUCCUCUGCAGGUUAAAGUGUGUCAGGAGGAAAACCUACCAAACCCGGAAACACUGUUGAGUAGAUAGACUUUCAACAUGAACCGCGCAUUUAGUAGGAAGAAAGACAAAACAUGGAUGCACACUCCUGAAGCCUUAUCAAAGCAUUAUAUUCCCUAUAAUGCAAAGUUUCUUGGCAGUACAGAAGUGGAGCAGCCCAAAGGCACAGAAGUUGUAAGAGAUGCUGUUAGAAAGUUAAAGUUUGCAAGACAUAUCAAGAAAUCUGAAGGCCAGAAGACACCUAAAGUUGAGUUACAAAUCUCAAUCUAUGGCGUAAAAAUUCUAGAUCCAAAAACAAAGGAAGUUCAACACAAUUGCCAACUCCAUAGGAUAUCAUUUUGUGCUGAUGAUAAAACUGACAAGAGGAUAUUUACUUUCAUAUGCAAAGACUCAGAAUCAAAUAAGCAUCUGUGCUAUGUAUUUGACAGUGAAAAGUGUGCCGAAGAGAUAACUUUAACAAUUGGCCAAGCAUUUGACUUAGCUUACAGGAAAUUCCUGGAAUCUGGAGGAAAAGAUGUUGAGACAAGGAAACAGAUCGCAGGUUUACAGAAAAGAAUUCAAGAAUUAGAAACUGAAAACACAGAACUGAAGAAUAAAGUUCAAGAUUUGGAAAACCAGUUAAGAAUAACACAAGUGCACGCACCUCCACUGCUGCACAUAAAGUGUGAUAAUGAUGAACAUAUGUUUCAAAGACCCUCUACUUUUUUCUGGUGUAACAAUGAGGAUUCACCACCUCCUUGUUUAGAUAUCUCUUCCAUUACGCUUACUCCUAGGAGUUCUCCUGACUCUAGACUACCAGCUGGAUUGUUAAUACCACCACCUUCAAAAAGUGGUCUUCCAAAGCCAUCCAGUGAAUACAGUUGUCCAAGACCUCGUGCAGGCUGUGUGACACCUAAAUCGCCCUCCACUGACAUCUUUGAUAUGGUUCCCUUUUCUCCCAUAUCCCCUCAGUCAUCAACACCUACUCGCAAUGGUACACAGCCUCCUCCAGUACCCAGUAGAUCUGCAGAGAUCAAGAGAGACCUUUUUGGGGCAGAACCUUUUGACCCUUUUAGCUGCGGAGCAGGAGAUUUCCCUCCAGACAUUCAGUCCAAGCUAGACGAGAUGCAGAAAUGGGGCUUGGACAGUUUAUGGGACUGGACACUGUCAGGGAUAGCAAGAAAGGGAUUGAUCAGGUCAUUCAAAUUGCCAAAGAUAAAUCCUUCAUGUGGCAUAAAGAGUUGUAUUUUAUUUUGGCUUCCCUUUUGGAAAGAAGGAAAGGAAAAAGAUGGUGCCCGAAGUCUUCUCACACUUUUAGAGCAUUUAUGGCUAAGUGAGGAUUACACAAGGGCCACCAGCCAGCAGAUUUGACACAUUUGCAGUCAACAAGAACAGUUUCUUGCCACCCCAGGCUUUUCUGACUGAAGAAAUACUCAGAAAGUCUACUAAACUGAGUCUUCAUAAUGGCUCCUUGGUGCUGUACCACAAAUGGUAUUUAAAUAGUUCAAGUUUUAUUUUAUAUACAGGUUGAAGGUGGUUGUAUUAUAGGGUUGAAGAGCAGCUCUGAGCUUCAAAGCAAAAAGACCCUGAGGCAGUAUUAAUUUGGUGUAAGGGAGGAGCAUUAAGGUAGUCUGUUAGGAUGGGAAUAUUUCACUGAAAGCCAAGCAUUAUCUUGAAAUCUCUACUGGUUCACUUUCCAAAAUAUUACUGUGCAUUUUAAAUGUAUUUAUGAGAUAUAUCUUGUUUGGUUUCUUUAUUUUUUUUCAAAUAGUACUAAUAUUUCAUAAUGGAAGAGAGCUGCUAUUAUAAUAGAACAAGAUCUCCUGGUAUUUUAAGACUGAGGAAGUAUGUACUAAUGGCCAUGCUCCUUGUGUUCUGACAACCAGGCAUGGGUUAUGAUACUAUGAAGAAGCCAGAACAGUUCUUAAUUUCACAGUGACUUCAAGUGACUUCAGUUGUAAUUCGUGGCAGUUAAGUGUGAGGUGCACAUAAAGAAAAAAAAAAAAGAGUUUUAUGAGAUGAGUGGGAAUUAAUGAGAAUGAGAAUUCUCAUUAACAUUUAUGCAACAUUUAUGUAGCAUUACUUGUGGAUCAGACAUACUGCUUCUGAAAAGCAAAACAAGCAUCUCUUGCUGUUUGCAGGUUAUCAAAAGCCUAAUUAUCAGACAUUUUAAACUUCCAUUUCCACAUUCAGUGCCUGUUUUCUCAUCUUUAAUAACGUUAAAUGUAUACUUCAGAGUGUUUAAGGAUUGUUAGGAUUUACUGCCUGUUUUAGUAGUACCUAUAGAUUGCCAUAAUAUUGAAUGCAUACAGUAAGAAGAUUAGUCAAAGCUGUGAUCUUGUGCCAUCAAAAUUGAAUGCUGUCGUGACAUCACAAGGGUUGAUGCAUAACACUGAAAUAAUCAAACCAACUAUACCAAUUUAUUAUUUAAUAGACCUUCAAAGCUGUAGGUAUUUUGUAAGAACUAAGUGUUAUUAAAAAGAAGUACGUGACUGGAGCUCACUAAGUAAACAAGAUAAAUUACCUCUUGGCACUAUAAUAAAUAAAUCAGUAAGAUCAGUAAAGCCACAUGAGUUGUAUGGCCAAAAUUAAUUGACAUUAACUUAGGAAACAGAUUUCUUAGGACCACAGAUAUAGUCUCUCACGGACCUCCCUGGUUGAAUGCCAAGGAGUUGGAUGCUAGAGAGGAAAAAAAUCCCAAGCAAUAUUCUAAGGGAUACCUGACUAUGAUCCAACGUAUUGCUGCAGAUAAGUUUACAUUAAGGUUGAGCUAGAAACACGAUCAUUCCAAGCAGUAAUGCAGACUGCAUAUUGAGGCAGUUCAGCCAUUUAUAAAAGGCAUUCUCCACUGAAAAAGUGUAAAAGAAGGUUAUCAGUAUUACGACUUCAGUCUGAUUUUAACACAUGCAUGUGGGGAUCAUCCUGAUUCUUGGUGUGUUUGUAAGCACUUCAUGGUCACAAAAAAACAUUGGAAAACAAUGAGAAAGGACAAGCAAAAUGAAAAAGCUUCAGACAGGUAAACUAUCAACAGGAAAACCUGAUUUGCGUGACAGCAGAUACUCCAGCAGACACUCAUAUGAUGGUUGAGUGGUCUGAAAAGAUGAUAAAUUUUGGAGCACUUUUCAACUCAAAGAUGAUUCAGCAAAUGCUUCUGAGCAGUAUUUAUCAUGUGCUUAAACACUGUUAUGCCAUUGUGUUUUAUUUUGAUUUUAUUUUUCAGUGAAAAAAACUGUAGACAAACUGUUUACAGUAUCUAAGGUAACAUUUUCUUAUUGAUUCAUCCACCUGAGAGUAGAAAAGCCAACUUCUGUUGCUGUACCCACUGCAUGGUGCAGAAUGCAGGUAGUAGUGCACAAGUGAGCUUACCAAUACAUUUCUACAGAGACUGAUGCCUUCAAAUACCCCUGAGUUAGGAGGAGAGUUUGAGAAGGUUAACCAUUAAUGUGCUUCAUACACUGCAACUUGUAGACAAGGAUAGGGAUGAUCAGAGCUAGCACUGUGAAGAAAUGUCAGAUCAUUCCAAAUCAGGAUUUCAAGCACAGUACGUGUAACUGCAGGCAGAUGCUGAAGGCACUGCAGAUAUAACCCCCCUCUGACUUGUUAUAAAGCAGAGAACAAUCAAAAUUCCCUUUUUUCUCAGUUCCUGGAAAGCACUACUUUAGAUACAUUCCUGCAGAAUUUAGGUUAAUUGGGAAUACAUUCUGACUUACACGUAAGUAAAAAGCAAAAAGCUAAGAAAAGAGAGAGUCUAAUGGUAUCCAUGAAAUAUGCCUUCUGUUUCAUAAAUGCAGAUUUUUGAAAAUUGAACAGUUCUGUGUGCAUAGGACAUUCUAGCUUCUGUGUUUCUUUUUAUUUAUUUUUCCCACAAUUCUGUUGUUCUUAGAGAACUUUCUGAGAAUGUGUGAAGUAUGCAGACUGUAUAUUUCAAUUUUAAGACUACAAAUAAUGGCAAACAUCUUUCUUUUUUAAAACCUAAAACCCAGACUUCUUCCUAAGGAUCACAAGUUGCACACGGGUGUCUCUGAGAGUUAGCAAGCCUACCAAAGGAAGUUGGAAAGAAAUAUUGUGGUUGGCCCCAAGAACUGUGUUGACUUCAAGGGAUGAUAAAUCAGUUUGUAAUCUACAGCUCCCUGUGUUCUUGUAGUUGUGCUUUUUUUCCACACCGUAUGAAACAGCAUCACCCAACUUGAGCUUUGCCUGAGACUGCUCCAGUAUUACAUGCUUGGAUGGUAGUCCUUGCACCGGUCUCCAGAAGAACACAAUUUUAAGCACAAACAAAUGAAGAGUUUUAACCCAAUUAGGUGCAAACAUACAGAGAAUCAAGUUGUGUGUGUACUGAGAGCUAUGGAAAGACAGGGACAAGUCCAAUUUUUUGAAGUUUUCCAAACUCCUUGUAGAGCCUUGCUCACCUUUUUUUCUGAUGCAAGAUACCAGAGACAGAUAACUCACAGUGCCAAGACCACCUGUGCAGUUUGAUUACAAUUUGAUGCAGUCACUUCUGUAUCUGUACAGUUUGUUUAUGUUUUGGAUUUGGCAUGAAUUCAUAGAAAGUCUUUUUCUUCUUUCUUUUCUGC